GGCUGCUUAGCCGGGGCGUUGUUGGGUGACUGCCUGGGCGCCGUCUUCGAAGGCAGGAGCGUCGUAAAGCUAUCCGAUCUACUGCGUUUUCUCCGAGGCCUGGAACCGGUAUCCGGGCCGCCUGAUGCCGGGGAACCGGCCGGCAGCGCCCGUAGAGAAACGCUUUCGUACACGGACGACACGGCCAUGAGCAGGUCGGUGGUGCAGUCCCUGCUAGCCAAGCAAGAGUUCGAUGAAGUCGACAUGGCCAAGAGGUUUGCUGAGGAGUACAAGAAGGAACCCAACCGCGGUUAUGGGAUGGCUGUCGUCAAUGUCUUCAAGAAGCUCCUGAGCCCCAAGUGCAAUGAUGUGUUUGAACCAGCCAGAGCCCAGUUUAAUGGGAAAGGCUCCUAUGGCAACGGCGGUGCCAUGAGGGUGGCAGGCAUCUCCCUCGUGUAUUCUGAUGUGCAGGACGUUAAGAAGUUUGCAAAGCUGAGUGCCGAGUUAACCCAUGCCAACUCCCUGGGCUACAACGGGGCCAUCCUGCAGGCCCUGGCAGUGCAUCUCGCCCUGCAGGGGGAACUCAGCAAGGAGACCUUCCUGGAGCAGCUCAUUAGCCACAUGGAGGACGUAGAGGCAGACGAUAAGUCUCUUACUGAAGCCCGAGCGCUGGGAUUUGAGGAUUUACCAUUUUCAAGGCGUCUAAAGAAAAUAAAGGAAUUUUUGGAGCUCAGCAGCGUUCCCAAAGCAGAUGUAUUGUUUGAAUUAGGCAAUGGCAUUGCCGCUUUGCGGUCUGUCCCUACUGCAAUUUACUCCUUCUUGCGCUGUAUGGAAGCUGACCCAGAUAUUCCUGAUCACUACAGCAACCUGCAGAGGACCAUCAUCUACUGUAUCUCUCUGGGUGGAGACACAGACACCAUUGCUACCAUGGCAGGAGCCAUUGCAGGGGCUUAUUAUGGGGAGGAGCAGAUACCCCCAAGCUGGGAGCAGAGCUGUGAAGCUUUUCAAGAGACACAGAAGCUGGCAAAUAGCUUGUAUGAACUGUACUGCCAGCGGCUCUGAGCUCCAAGCGGAGCGUGUUGUCUGAAGGCGAAGUGGGUGGUCACCGUUGCUUCUCUGGUCAGAAGUCUGGCGGUGGAUCCGCACCAUCUGCAGA